AUGGUGGGAGAAAAUCUCAAAUUUUUUCCGUGCCAACUAUACAUGGAGUUACCGAAAAAUUUAUCGAUACCUAGGUAUACACCUGUUGUAGUCUCAAGUAUAUGAUGUCAACAAUGAAUGAAGCGAAUGUAACUAAUGAUCAUGAAGAAUAUCAGUACUUGAAUUUAAUUGAACGAAUAAGAAAACAAGGAGCCAAUAAAGAUGAUCGUACUGGUGUUGGUACUUUUUCAAUUUUUGGAACACAAUUGCGAUUUUCCCUAAAAAAUGGUACAUUUCCGUUACUAACUACAAAAUCAGUAUUCUGGAAAGGUGUAGUUGAAGAACUACUGUGGUUCAUUAGUGGAUCGACAAAUGCUCAUAAGCUUUCUGAGAAAGGUGUUCAUAUUUGGGAUGCAAACAGUUCAAGAGAAUUUUUAGAUACUUACGGAUUUCAGGAUAGAGAAGAAGGUGAUUUAGGACCAAUUUAUGGAUUUCAAUGGAGACAUUUUGGAGCGGAGUAUAGUAAUAUGCACGCAGAUUAUACUGGGAAAGGUAUAGAUCAACUUCAAAAUGUAAUCGAUACACUGCGUACUAAUCCAAACGAUCGACGAAUGAUAAUGACUGCAUGGAAUCCUAUCGAUAUUCCGAAAAUGGCAUUACCACCUUGUCACUGUCUUGUCCAAUUCUAUGUUAGUAAUGGCGAACUUUCUUGUCAUCUUUAUCAACGCAGUGCUGAUAUGGGGCUCGGAGUACCGUUUAAUAUUGCAUCGUAUUCACUUUUAACGUAUAUGAUAGCCCAUAUAACGAAUUUGAAACCCGGAGAGUUCGUUCAUACAAUGGGCGAUUGUCACGUAUACUCAAAUCAUAUUGAUGCCUUAGAAACUCAGUGUAAGCGUAAACCAAAGCCAUUUCCAAAAUUGAAAAUUACAAGAGAUGUCAGAGAAAUCGAUGAUUUUAUUGCAUCCGAUUUUGAACUAAUUGGUUAUAAUCCACACCCAAAAGUAUCAAUGAAAAUGGCUGUUUAAAAUGAAUUAUUUUUAUGACUCAGAAUAGCGUGAAAAGUAAAAUGGUUCAGUAUUUUAUACAAAUUACUGUUGUAAAAAAAAAAAAAAAAUCAAUACGCAGAAGUGAGGUUCCGUUUUUGAA